UAAAGAAAUAUUGAAGUUGGUGAGAAAUAAACAUGCCACCUGAAAUUGCAAGCUAGUUCUUCAUUGUAGAACCAUCUCCAGCUACACUCUGCUUUAGUUGGAAAUGGAGGACACGUCCCAAACUCAGAUCCCAAGAGUUCAACUGGGCAGCCAGGGAUUGGAGGUUUCUAGAUUGGGUUUUGGAUGUGGAGGAUUAUCAGGAAUAUACAACGCUCCUCUCUCCCAUGAAGCUGGAUGUUCAGUUAUUAAGGAAGCAUUUAGUAGGGGCAUCACCUUCUUUGAUACUUCAGAUAUUUAUGGUGAUAAUCAUGAUAAUGAAAUCAUGGUUGGAAAGGCUUUGAAACAGCUUCCUAGAGAAAAGGUUCAAUUAGCUACAAAAUUUGGCAUUAUCAGUUCCGAUGGUUUUCAAUUUGGGGUGAAUGGGACCCCAGAAUAUGUAAGAACAUGCUGUGAAGCUAGUCUUAAGCGGCUGGAUGUCAACUACAUUGAUCUGUACUAUCAGCACCGUAUUGAUGUUUCAGUGCCAAUUGAGGAUACUAUGGGGGAGCUUAAGAAGCUGGUAAAUGAAGGAAAGAUAAGAUACAUUGGUCUAUCAGAAGCAAGCGCAGACACAAUAAGCAGAGCCCAUGCUGUUCAUCCCAUCACUGCUGUACAAAUGGAAUAUUCUCUGUGGACUCGUGAAAUUGAAAACGAGAUCAUUCCCCUUUGCCGGAAGCUUGGAAUUGGGAUAGUAUCUUAUAGCCCACUUGGACGUGGGUUCUUUGGUGGGAAGGCAGUUUUGGAGAGCUUGCCUGCAGAUAGUUUGUUGUCUAUGCAUCCAAGAUUCAAUGGGGAGAAUUUGGAAAAGAAUAAACUUCUCUACAACAAACUUGCCAAACUUGCUGCAAAGCAUGCAUGCACUGCUCCACAAUUAGCUCUGGCAUGGCUUCUCCAUCAGGGCAGUCACAUAAUCCCAAUCCCUGGGACCACUAGGGUUAAAAACCUUGAUAUCAAUAUUGGGUCACUGGAUGUGAAGCUUACAAAAGAGGAUUUGAAAGAAAUUUGUGAUGCUGUGCCCAUUGAUGAAGUUGGUGGGGAGCGAGAGUAUGAAGUUUUCUCAAAAUAUGUCUGGAAUUUUGCAAAUACCCCUUCAAAGUGAUCAAAUUUGUGGAAACAGAAAAUAAAUUCCAAAGCUUUAAAGUGCUUUUGUGUGAUGAAUUAGUAGUUUUCAAAAACUAAAGGGAGACUUUG